AUGGAUAUACCAAUGGAUUACGAUACACUAUCUGCGCUCAAGCGGAACGAGCUCCAGAAGCUCGCUAUGGCACACUCCAUAAAAGCGAACCAGAAAUCAGCCACACUCAUCGCCCUCCUCCUCGCCAAACACGCCAAACACGCCAAACAGCCUGGAGAGCAGGACUGCGGGCUUGACGAAGCGCCUGGGGGCGAAGGAGAGCAGGCGAUGGGGAUGGAGGGGAAGGGGGAACAAAUGACUUUGAGGACUAGACAAACGAAGACGACAGCGACAGCGACAGUGAGAAAGGGAGCGAGAGCAACGAAGAAACGGGGCCGCGCCGCAAACCAAGACGACAAUGACCAUAACGCUGAGGCCAACGAAGCCGAGGCCGACGAUGCGCGAGCCCCUGUCACCUCCGAAGAGCAAGAGCAAGAAGCUCCUGGUCCCAGCAAGAGACUCCGCCCCCGCCGUGGUCAACCUGCACCCGUACCCCCCAAGGUCCCUCCUUCCCGCCCUUCUCGAUCGAAGGCCCCCGCUCCCGCUGCGCCUGCACCUGCACCCGCCCCCACGAUGGGUCCACCACCAUUCCCACUUCCACUUCCACCACCACCCCCUCCCCAUCUCCCCGCUCCCCACCGCACACCUCCGCUCCCCACCCCGAUUCCAAACACAUGCACACGCUACUCCCCCGCAUCGACGCCCUCAGUCGUCAGCGCCCGCAGCCGGCACUACACCCCGACCUCGACGCCCACUACUUCAUUCACCGGCGUUGGCGCGCGCUACCAUCGUUUUCACCAUCACCAUGAUGAUGAUGAUGAUGAUGUCGGUGGGAGCGGUGGUGGCGGUGCUGCUCCUCCCGCGCUGGAGAGGCGGAAGAGCAGCCGGAUACCCCGCCAUGCAGACAUGGUGAAUAUGCACGCGGGGCGGGGGCGGAGGCCGUCGCCGCCGUCCCCUUCGCCUGCGCGGCCGAGGGGUUCUCUUCCCUCACGACGUCCCGCUAGAUCCGAGGCCAGUGAGUCUCGUGAACGGGCGAGUGCAUCUGUUGAAGCGGAGAGGGCUUACGACGGGGAGACGGAAGAAGUGAGAGAAGUGAGAGAAGUGGACGUGGAUGGAAGGAGGGUCAAGAAACUCGUCCUGGUCGUGAAGCAGGAAGAAGACUCCGAUGAAGAUGCGCUUGCGCUACCAGUCAACCCCUACGCGAGGGGCGUAUCCAACGGCAAGGGCAAGGAACGAGAACGAGAACGAGAGCGAGAGGAACGGUUUGAAAACGAAUACAUGGAGACGCGUUUGGAGAGCACGUCUGCUCUCAUAGCCGAGCGAGGAGAAGCCGCACGUGCACAGGCAGAAGGACGGUCCACUCCUCAAGCUCACGAACGACAGGCAUCGGGACGGGGAGUGAACUGGGACGCUCUGGACUCCCCGGUUCACUCGCCCUCGUCUCCGCCGUGGGUUGUCCCGCCUCUUCAGCUUUCGAGUCCCUUCCCGCCAACGCCUGAUUACGAAUUCCACCGUGACUCUACUCCAGAGGCGCGACAGGCAGCAGGAGCAGAAGCUCAGCCUCGCCCACAAUCCCAGCUCGAACAGCAACGGCAAGUAGCCGCCUGGGCAGGUGCCACACGCGCGCCCAGUCCCAGGCCCUCCGACCGCUCGCCCUCCUACGGCUUCACAACCCCCACGCACUCGCCCCUCCCCUCCCUCUACUCCCCCUCCUCGCCCCGAUCCCCCGCCUCCCGGCCCGCACACUCGCACUACGUCUCCCCGCGCGCCUCGCCCGGCGGCGUCCACGAGACCGUCGCCCUCCUGCGCGUGCUCCACGACCGCGACGCCGCGCUGCACGUGCUCCACGACCGCGACGCCGCGCUGCACGUGCUCCACGACCGCGACGCCGCGCUGCACGUGCUCCACGACCGCGACGCCGCGCUGCACGACCAGGUCGCGGCGCUCCGCGUGCAGGCGCAGGGCGUGCGGGCGCAGGCGGCGCUCCUCGUCGAGCGGCUGCGCGCGGAGGCGGGCGAGGCGCGGCGCAUGGAGGGGUUCGCGCGGUACUGGCGGGGCGGGGGGUACUACCGCGCGCGGGGCGUGGACGCGGAGGAUCCGGGGUGCGGCGUCACCGUCACCGCGGCUGCGAGGGGGCGCGGGCUGGGCGGGGGCGUGAAUGGGGAUGGGGGUGGAGAGGCGCGUGUGGAGGCGGAGUGGCGGCCGGAUGUGAAUUGGAUGCACGAGGAGGUGUGGGGCGGGCAGAUGCAGGUGCUGCGGGCGCUGAAGCCGGAGGAGCAGUUCGAGAUCACGAGCGAGGACGAGGGCGAGGGGGGGAUCCUGGACCGGCUGGAUAACGGGGAUGAUUUGGGGAUUGGGAUGCAGCGGGUGCGGGGGGAGGCGGGCGUGCUCGAUACGCUGGGCGUGGGGGCGGAGGUUCCGGAAGCGUAUUUGGAGGUGCGGAGGCGGGAGGAGGCGGCGGAGAGGGAGAGGGAGAGGAUGGCGGAGGAGGAGAGGCUGCAAAGACGGGAGGAGGAGGAUAUGUUGGAGAGGAAGAGGGAGAACCAGCGCGCAGCGAAGGGCAAGAGAAAGGCAGACGAUAUCGACCCCGUAGAGAAGGCGGAGGAGAGGAUGAAGAGGAAGAGGAUCUUCAGUCAGGCGUAA